AUGGAGAACUUGGAGAACUUCUACCACAUAGAGACGGGCGUAUUCCGCAAUUUGCGACAACUCCAAACUCUAUACAUCUACAGGGCGCCAAAGUUGAAGAAAAUACUACCGGAAGUGUUUACAACGCAUUUACCAAAUUUAAAAGUCUUGAGGAUUGCCUACAGUGGACUGGAACAUGUACCCAAUCUAAAUGGCCUCAACACAAGCUCAGUCCUACAUAUGGUAGAUUUGGAUCACAACAAAAUCAAAAGAAUAUCAACGGGGGAGAUCAGCAACAUCGCAUUAAGCCAAAUGAUAUUGAGUUUCAACGAGAUAGAAAUUAUAGAAGAAGCUGCGUUUGCCGAGUCUCAAAUUGCCUCGCUCGUUUUUCGAGGAAAUACCAAACUUAAAGUACUGCACCGAAGAGCUUUCCAAGGAUUACAUAACCUGCGCCACAUAGAUCUGUCCGAUACUGCAAUAACUACUCUACCCACGGAAGGAUUGCAUGAGGUUGACGUGCUGAAAAUCGAAAAUACUUACUCGCUGAAGAUAUUCCCGUCUGUGUACAAUUUUAAGUAUAUCAAGGAAGCAUGGUUGACGUAUCCGUACCACUGCUGCGCGUUCAAGUAUCCGAAAACUCACGACCCUGGCGAGUACGAAAAACACGUAUCCGAAUUGAAGAAGCUACAGGAGGCCUGCAGGAAGAACAAGUCAAUCGUCACCUGGAAAUCUGGAGAACUGUCCAAUUCUCCGUCGAAUUAUACUGUCGACGAGGAGGAGACAUGGGGUGAGGACAAUGGGGUUUUCCAUAACGUUACAAGGAAAGUUUUCGUGAAACCUCUAUGUAAUAACGUGAAAAUAAUGGAUUUUCAAGAGGUGCAGUGUUAUCCAGAACCGGAUCCUUUUAAUCCGUGUGAGGAUCUAAUGGGGAACUGGAUUCUUCGUGUUCCUGUCUGGAUAAUUUCCCAUUCAGCAGUCAUAGGAAACUUAUUUGUGCUAAUUGUUAUCGGGACGUCGCAUUUCAGACUGACUGUCUCCAAAUUUCUCAUGUGCAACUUGGCCAUAGCUGACUUUUGCAUCGGCAUACACCUACUAUUGCUUGCUGGGAUUGACGCACACUCUAUAGGAGCUUACUUCAACUUUGCAAUCGAGUGGCAAGAAGGUUAUGGUUGCAACGUUGCCGGCUUUUUAACCAUUUUUGGCAACGUUUUGUCUGUUUACACUUUGGCAGUCAUCACCCUGGAAAGAUGGUGUACUAUCACAUGGGCUGCUCAUCUGAACAAGCGGCUCAAACUGCGCACAUCGGUGAAAAUAAUGAUCAUAGGAUGGAUCUGCGCGUUGUUUAUGGCAUUUUUACCCCUCGAAGGCAUCAGCAGCUACUCCAGGACCAGCAUUUGUUUGCCUCUGGAAUACAAAGACUACCUGGAUGCUUUUUAUCUAGCUACGUUGCUCACAUUUAAUUGUACAGCAUUCACGUUGAUUUGCGUUUGUUAUGGAAGCAUGUAUAAGACUAUUAGAGAAGGUGGAAAAACUGGCAUAGCCAACUCAGUCCGCAACGAUCACACUGUAGCCAAAAAGAUGGCGCUUUUAGUGUUCACAGACUUUGCCUGUCUCUCCCCCAUAGCCUUCUUCGGCAUCACAGCCCUUCUAGGCUACCCCCUCAUCACAGUCACGCAAACUAAGAUCCUGCUUGUCUUCAUUUAUCCCUUAAACUCAUGCGCUAACCCUUGUCUGUAUGCCAUACUCACACAACAGUACAGAAAGGACUUCUUCAUUCUGAUGGGAAGGUUGGGAAUGUGCAAGGAACACGCUAACUACAACAGGGGAGCUAUUAGAGGUAAACCUUUGCCGUACACUGCUAAUUUCAAGAGGCCUCACGGCGUGAGCAGGACCAUCAGUAAGUCCAGCGGUACUAUCUGUACGGCCAAUACGAAUGUCAACGUGGAGAUUCCACUGAACAGUUGUACCAGAGUGGUGGAGAACGGUUGCAGAAGGAGUGAGUUCAGAACUACGAACAAUCUUUAACUGGAGGAGUUUUUAGAGUUUAUUUUUUAGGUUGUGUACCUGUAUAUAAAGUACAAAAUGCUGUAGGCAUUCGAUAAUGUUACUAGAAACGUUAAUAACCUAAAAACGUCCCACCUCAAUUUACUCAACUAGUUAAUUAGAUAAAU